ACCACUAGUCUCCGCUCUGUUUAUAUACUCUGCCGUCUCCGCCGCCCCUGCUCCUCCAUCACGGACGGAGACUCAUUUUCCGCGCUUCCAUUUCUUCCCCAAAAUCUCUCAAUUCCUUUGAAGAUCCAGAAAAAUAAACAACAAAAAAAGGGGGGGAAAAUGGACUCGACGCCGCCAAGGAGGAAGAGCGGGAUAAAUCUCCCGUCCUCGAUGAAGGAAACAUCUCUUCGUCUCGAUGCCUUCUCCACGCCACGGAGCUCGCCGUCUCUUCCCAAAACGAACUUUCCCUCUCCGAUGUCCAUGUCCCCGCGGACGCUGUCGAACCUGUCCUCCUCGCCCUCCUCGAAAUCCGCGAGUUGCAGCGACAGGUUCAUCCCGUGCAGAUCCUCGUCGAGGCUCCACGCGUUCGGUCUGGUCGAGACGGCGUCUCCGGGGAAGGAGGGAGGAGGGAGCGAGGCGUACAUUAGGUUAUUGAGAUCCGAACUCUUCGGGCCUGAUUUUGGCUGUUUUUCUUCUCCUGCAGGGUCGCCGAUGAGUCCGAGCCCGAACAUUCUCAAGUUCAAGACUGAUCAUUCCGGCGCGAAUUCGCCCUACUCGCCUUCGAUUUUGGGGACUGGCAGUGGCGUCUCCGACGAGGUUUCAACUCCUCCCAAGCCUCCCAGGAAGGUCCCCAAAACUCCCCACAAGGUUUUGGAUGCGCCAUCGCUUCAAGAUGAUUUCUAUUUGAAUCUGGUGGAUUGGUCAUCUCAGAAUGUUCUUGCAGUUGGGUUGGGUACCUGUGUCUAUUUAUGGACAGCAUCGAACAGCAAAGUGACAAAGUUGUGUGACUUGGGACCUAGUGAUAGUGUGUGCUCAGUGCAGUGGACUCGGGAAGGUUCUUACAUAUCCAUAGGGACAAGCCUUGGGCAAGUUCAGGUUUGGGAUGGGACUAAAUGCAAGAAGGUUAGAACAUUCAGUGGGCAUCAAACAAGAACAGGCGUUCUGGCGUGGAGUUCUCGCAUUUUGUCUUCUGGAAGUAGAGACCGGAAUAUCCUUCAACACGAUCUCCGCAACCCAAAUGACUUUGUGAGCAAGCUAGGUGGUCAUAAGUCCGAGGUGUGUGGGCUGAAGUGGUCUCACGACGACAGAGAACUGGCAUCCGGUGGCAAUGACAAUCAGCUCUUGGUGUGGAAUCUGCACUCCCAGCAGCCAACAUUGAGACUAACAGAACACACUGCCGCUGUGAAAGCCAUCACCUGGUCUCCCCACCAAGCUGGCCUUCUUGCCUCUGGAGGAGGAACCGCCGACCGCUGCAUUCGCUUCUGGAACACUGGUAACGGCAAUCAACUCAACAGCAUUGAUACGGGAAGUCAGGUUUGCAAUCUGGCUUGGAGCAAAAAUGUUAAUGAAAUUGUUAGCACUCAUGGGUACUCACAAAACCAAGUGAUGGUUUGGAAGUAUCCUUCAAUGUCAAAGGUGGCAACUCUAACCGGGCAUAGCAUGCGGGUACUUUAUCUUGCAAUGUCCCCGGAUGGUCAGACAAUUGUGACCGGAGCCGGAGACGAGACUCUCAGAUUUUGGAAUGUCUUCCCUUCUGUAAAAACACCUGCACCAGUCAAAGAGACAGGAAUGUGGUCUCUGGGAAGAACAUACAUUAGAUGAGAGGAUGAUGACAAACUUUCUUUGUGGGGUUGCCUUUGUAAAUGGGAAAUACUGUGAAGAGAGUAUAUAUAGAUUAUUGUUUGUUUGUCUUUCCUUAUUUAUACAACAGUUGAAUUCAUAGUUUUCAUUUUUUGAAACUUUGAUUAUACCACGCAAGUGUGUGAAAUGGUGUGCUCGAUUGUACGAAAUUUGUAAUUUUCUCUUUGUUUAUGUUGAUGAGUACUGUACUUUGUAAUUUUC